CCAGUUGCUCAUAGAUUGCGCGGGAGAGUGCACGCCGGCAUGCGUUCUUAGGAGGCGCGGGAAAAUGAAAUUUACGAUUUAGUGCGAUUGUUUUAAUAAUAAUAUUUAUUGUGAUGUAUGAGUACAAUUAAUGGUACAAAGUUUGGUGUUGAUAUAAUAAGUAGUGAGUGCGCCAAAAUGUGGCGUGCGGUUCUGCUAACGAGCCUGGUGUUUCACCAAGGGUAUGGAGUACCCAACCGAGUGGUGGACGUCACCUCAAGCUGUGAUAAAAGCUCCAUAAGUAUCCACGUCGCCAUGGAGCAGCCGUUCAAGGGACUCGUUUUUAGCAAGGACUUUUCCAGGGAAUGUCGUGUACAAGGGCAAAGACAAAAGACAGUUUCCAUUAAUCUACCCUCAAACGCCUGUGGUGUCAGAACGUCGACCCUGAAUACGACAGUCAGUGAACCGGAUGACGAAGAGGAUCUAUACUAUAAUGUGGAGCUGGUGGUGCAGAUGGAUAGACAGCUGCAACAGUCCACCGAUCAAGAUCUUAUUGUUAGGUGUAAAUUACAGCGGCGCGCAGUCAAAAUUAACAGCGCGGCUCUGGAGAACGUCAUAUCUUCACAUUUACGGGAGAUGAACGCUCCAGAUAAGAAAGCGAGGACUGGUCGUAAUCGGCAAGGUUGGGAUAAUCCAGUGGCGAUGGAACAGAGAGAGUGGUUGCUUGAUUCGGCACGCGCUUGGAUGGAGCUGGCUCCAACUAUUGCUGGGUCAGAACCAGCUACCGUUGAAGUUGGACAACCUACUAGACUAUUGAUUCAGUGCACUCUACCAGUUGGAAUCGGUCUGCGCGUAACGAACUGCAUAGCGCACGACGGCUUAGGAGAAGCGUCCCAAAAACUGCUGGACGAAGCCGGGUGUCCCAUUGACGAGACCAUCUUCAACAAACCAUCGCUACACCGACAUCACAAGGGAACAGAAAUAGACUUCAACGAUCUGGAACCAGUCGACACAAUACGAAACAGAGAGGAGAACGAUCAAUUGAAAAUCGCUAAAUCCGAUCCAGAAUUUAUGUUCAAGAAUUUGAUGACAUAUCAACACGCAAUAACAACAUUUGCGGCGUUCAAAUUUCCGGAUAGGGCGAAGCUACACUUGACCUGUGGGAUAGAACUGUGCAAGGGACCAUGUCCUGAAAUUGAUUGUAAGGCCCUGAUGAAGCCUCAGAGGACGAAGGAGGGAUUAGUGCGGAAGGCUCGACUGGAUAAAGAGGCUAAAGGAAACGUCAUAGAUCGACUGGAGGUUUACAAUAGUAUAGAAGUUUUGGCGCCUAACAUUGAGUUGGAGGAUGAGGCAUCAAUAAGAGGUUCAAGAAGAUCGGAGGGAAAAGAAGAAUUUGUGCGAGGUUUCUCACCGGGAGACAAAACAAUUUGUUUGUCACCCGGUAAAAUGGCUCUUGCAUUUUGCGUCUUAGGUGUUAUUUUCCUAUGUGCUAUUGCGGUCGCAUUUGCCUCAUUAGUGCGAGCGAGACGGCGAACUAGCCGAGAGCAGGCCCAUACAUCUCUCUCUUUCUAUACUGGCAGUAAGAGUGUCUUCUCUUCUAGCCAGAGUUCGAGUUCUGGAUUAAGUGGAAGUAAAUUGCUGCUAACUGAUAGUCCUUACAUGGAUCACCAUUCAUCUUCUAGCAAUAAUUGGCCAUAUCCAAGACCGUUUUGACGUUUUAAAUAUGUUUAAAAACUAUUAACGUCAUUUGUCAAUUCGUAGAGUUAAUACUCUUGAAUUACAAAAAAGCUAUUUAAAUAUUUAAUUCAAAACGAGAUUAGCCGUUAAAAUAAUUUAAUCGACACAUCGAAAAUCUAGUGACUUCUAUAUUUAUCAUCACAAAUUACUAUUUUUAUAUUCUAGUUACAUGGUAUUAAGUCAGCGUGUGAGUCGAUUUUCAUACAAUGAAGCAUAAUCUUUGUACAAUUGUAAUAAAUAUUGUUUAGCGGAUUCAAAUAAUAUAGAAAACCCGUUCAAGGUGAUUUUUCAAGGAAUCAGCAAAAAUUAAAAAACAUAGACGGAAUGUGAAAUAUUAAGCAGGCAAUUUAAAGGAUUGGUGUAGUACUCGUACUGGAACGUAGGUUUUUUGAUAGGAUAGUUAGAGAAAAGGUCGAAAAUAGCCCAAUUUUGUCAUGAAAAAAAAAAUAGGCUAUUUAUUGAACUCUAUUUUUAUGAUUCAUAAAUAUAAAACUAUUAAAUGUUUUGUCCUUGUCACAAUUAAAGACAAAACACAAUCUAUAGUAUGUUAAUUUAGAUUAAUUAUUAUUAAAACUAUAAGACUGGUUUUAUACAUUUUAUUUAAAUAUAUUAUUUUUAUAUUAUAUACAACCUAUUGAAAUUUAUAUGUACCUUCAAUUAUGUUAAGUUAUUUAAGUUUUAUUUAUUAUUUUUGAGGAAGUGCUUUUGUUAUUUAGGUCAAUGUUGUCCUGGGUUAUGGAUUGGUAGGUAAGGUAUUAAAAAUAAAUAUAUAUUACUAUAAGAAAAAAACAUUAGCUCUUCCUCGAAUAAACUAAGAGAUACACUGAUAUUGUGAUACAUUUUGAAAUUUUUACAUCAAUAAUGUAUUUAAUGCAAAUAAAUAAUUACAAACUGA